AUGUGGGCUUAUACUGUUGGUUUUACUGUCCUGCCUCAUGUUGGAGGUUUCCUUGGCUGGUUCCUUAAUCGAAAAGAAAAAACUGCUUGGUAUGAGAAGCUGAAAAAGCCUUCAUGGUGUCCAUCCAGCAAAAUAUUCCCUGUUGCUUGGACUGUCCUAUACACUGGCAUGGGCUAUGCCUCCUACCUGAUAUGGAAUGACCUGGGUGGCUGCAGCAGCAAAGCUAUUGUCCCACUGGGCCUCUAUGGGGCUCAGCUGGCCUUGAACUGGGCUUGGCCUCCCUUCUUCUUUGGUGCCCACAACCUGAAGAUGGCUCUGAUUGACAUCCUGUGCUUGGAUGGGCUGGCAAUAGGCACCACCUGCUGCUGGUCCAGCAUCAACAAGGUGGCAACACUGCUGAUGGUGCCUUACCUGGGCUGGCUGGCCAUGGCCACUUGCCUCACAAUCCACAUCUGGAAGGACAACCCGGAGCAAAAAACCAGGGAAGAGUGA